GCUACGUGACACGACACGCAAUGGGCCGGCGCUGCUGCUGCUGUGGCUGCGGACGGAGCUGGGAGAGCAGCGGGUACGGAGUGUAAACUGUAAGCGGACCGCACUGGACUUGCUGCCGGUCGCGGCGCCGUCUUCCUUCGCUGCUUUUCCUAUUGGCUCCGCAGGGGGAGCCCGGCGGGUGUGCCUGUGUCUCAGAAGCAGCAGGUCGCUGCAGUGCCGCUCCCCACACCCCCGAUGCCCACGUUAUGUCGCGAUAGAUCAUUUUGAUGGGGCUCUUACGGAUUAUGAUGCCGCCCAAGUUGCAGCUGCUUGCGGUGCUGACCUUCGGGGUCGCCAUGCUCUUCCUGGAGAACCAGAUCCAGAAACUGGAGGAUUCCCGGGGAAAGCUCGAAAGGGCUAUUGCUCGGCACGAAGUUCGCGAAAUAGAGCAGCGCCACUCACUGGAUGGCUACAGACCGGACACCCCGCUGGAUGAUGAUGAUGACAUUUUGAUUAUUUAUAACAGAGUACCCAAGACCGCCAGCACGUCCUUUACAAACAUUGCCUACGACCUCUGUGCUAAAAACAAGUUUCAUGUGCUGCACAUUAACACAACCAAGAAUAACCCAGUAAUGUCUCUUCAGGAUCAGAUGCGGUUUGUGAAGAAUGUAAGCUCGUGGAGAGAGAUGAAACCUGGUUUCUAUCAUGGGCAUAUCUCAUAUUUGGACUUUGCAAAAUUUGGCGUGAAAAAGAAACCCAUUUAUAUCAACGUUAUUCGAGAUCCUAUCGAGAGACUUGUUUCCUACUACUAUUUCUUGCGAUUUGGUGAUGAUUACAGACCAGGACUACGGAGGAGAAAACAGGGAGAUAAAAAGACCUUUGAUGAAUGUGUAGCAGCUGGAGGCUCUGACUGCGCUCCAGAGAAACUUUGGCUUCAGAUUCCGUUCUUCUGUGGCCACAGCUCAGAAUGCUGGAAUGUGGGGAGCAGAUGGGCUUUGGAUCAAGCCAAAUACAACCUGAUUAAUGAAUACUUUUUAGUGGGAGUCACAGAAGAACUUGAAGAUUUUAUUAUGUUAUUGGAAGCAUCCUUUCCCCGUUUCUUUAGAGGUGCUACAGAGCUAUACCGUUCAGGGAAGAAAUCCCAUCUAAGGAAAACGACCGAGAAGAAAGCCCCUUCUAAGGAAACUACUGCAAAGCUUCAGCAAUCUGACAUAUGGAAGAUGGAGAACGAGUUCUACGAAUUUGCUCUAGAACAGUUCCAGUUUGUUCGGGCACACGCUGUGCGAGAAAAAGAUGGGGAACUGUAUAUCCUAUCGCAAAACUUUUUCUAUGAAAAAAUCUACCCAAAGUCAAACUAAGGGCAGUUUAAUGCGGUUAGUUUAAUGAACUACACCAUUGUUCGUAAGACUUAAUUUCAGGCCUACAGACUCUGUUGGUAAUUAUGUCCUUGAAGAGACGGUUCAUUGAUAACUCGCUACAGUAGUUGCCAAAUGAGCCGUGUUGAAUACCGGCCACUAAGAAAACGUGACCUUCAGACGAUGUAAAAUUUCGGCCACAAGAUCGAACAGCGUUCAAAAAAGUAAACUUUAUGUAACAGACACUGGACAGUCCUAAACAUACAAUGUACAGACAAAGCCAAACUUUGUUUUUUUUUUAAGUUUCAUUCAGAAUAUGUCUCCUCUAUCAACGUUUGCGUUUAAUUUGUGUCUAGUUUUCAAUUGUAAUGGUUCUUGAUUAUGUGCUAUUCACCCACUGCAUAUAUUGGAAACGCUAUACUGCACCUGCAACUAAAACGUUUGCCAUCCAAACACGGUUAGAAAUCGUAUUGUACAGUACAGGAAGACUAGCAAGAACGCAAUAAUAUUCUGUUUGAUCUGUUUGCAUACAUUGAGAGGAGAGGAAAACACUCGACUACAUCAAAGACUUUGAAACUGAUAUGUUUUCUUUAAUUCAUCAGUUUAUACCUAAUCUCUGUAUAUUGCAAUGGUUAUCAAUUCAAUGCAAACCCACUUGGUUAGCUGUGGUAAUACGGUUUACGAUUUCCAUACUUUUACCUGUAGAAUAUUUUUUACUAAAGUGCUUUGUAAUGUGUUUUAAAUAUUAGCAUUUACAAAACUGAAUAAAAAGCUGUAAAUAAUGCACAUGUUUUACGUAUUUGGUCCAAAAGGUUGAAAACAGUAUUGCCAAUAAAAUAAUAAAAUACAAAAAAAAAAAGAA